CCCUGUCCCUGUCCGCAGCCUGGGUUCUUCCCUAACCCUGUCCCUGUCCGCAGCCUGGGUUCUUCCCUAACCCUGUCCCUGUCCGCAGCCUGGGUUCUUCCCUGAACCUGUCCCUGUCCGCAGCCUGGGUUCUUCCCUAACCCUGUCCCUGUCCGCAGCCUGGGUUCUUCCCUGAACCUGUCCCUGUCCGCAGCCUGGCUUCUUCCCUAACCCUGUCCGCAGCCUGGGUUCUUCCCUGACCCUGUCCCUGUCCGCAGCCUGGCUUCUUCCCUAACCCUGUCCCUGUCCGCAGCCUGGGUUCUUCCCUGAACCUGUCCCUGUCCGUGCACCAGCCUGCGGGGACCAUGGAGCUGCUGUGGGUGCUGUGUUUGUCCAUGCUGAUGCCUCCAGCGGUGGUGGUGGAGGCCAUCCCCAUGGAGUCUGCAGCCGGGAGCCACAGCAUGUUCACCUGUGAACCUAUCACCCUGCGUCUGUGUCAGGGGCUGCCCUAUAACUCCACCUUCAUGCCCAACCACCUCAACCACUACGACCAGCAGACCGCCGCGCUCGCUAUGGAGCCCUUCCACCCCAUUGUGAACCUGCAGUGUUCCUCAGAGCUGAGGAUGUUCCUGUGUGCCCUAUAUGCUCCGGUGUGUACUGAGUACGGACGCAUGACACUGCCCUGCCGACGGCCUUGCCAGAGAGCCAAGGGAGACUGCUACAAACUCAUGGACAUGUUCGGAGUCACCUGGCCAGAAGAAAUGGACUGUAACAGGUUCCCAGACUGUGACGAAUCAUACCCCCGUCCUGGAGACCUGCUCUCCAGCGCAGACUCCACUGAGUCGCCCAUCUCCGUCCAGCACGACUAUGGCUUCUGGUGCCCCCGGGAGCUCAAGAUCGACCCCAACCUGGGCUACUCCUUCCUGGGUGUGACGGACUGCUCGCCCCCCUGCCCCAACAUGUAUUUCCAGCGGGACGAGCUGGUGUUUGCCCGCUACUUCAUCGGCGUGGUGUCCAUUGUCUGUCUCUCGGCAACCCUCUUCACCUUCCUCACCUUCCUCAUCGAUGUGUCCAGGUUCCGCUACCCAGAGCGCCCAAUCAUCUUCUACGCCAUGUGCUACAUGAUGGUGUCGCUGGUGUUCUUCCUGGGCUUCCUGCUGGAGGACCGGGUGGCGUGCCACGCGGCGAGCUCCGCCCUUUUCCGGGCGUCCACCGUCACCCAGGGCUCACACAACAAGGUGUGCACAUUGUUCUUUAUGAUGCUCUACUUCUUCACUAUGGCAGGCAGUGUGUGGUGGGUCAUCCUCACCCUCACCUGGUUCCUGGCUGCCGUGCCUAAGUGGGGCAGUGAGGCCAUAGAGAAGAAGGCCCUGAUCUUCCAUGCCUGUGCCUGGGGCCUACCCGGUUGUCUCACCGUCACUUUAACAGCUAUGAACAAGAUAGAAGGGGAUAGUGUCAGCGGGGUGUGUUUCGUGGGGCUGUAUGACCGCACAGCGCUGAGAUGGUUUCUGCUGGCUCCACUGGGUCUGGAUGUUUUGGUGGGCGUGGCAUUACUGUUAGCGGGAAUCCUUGCUUUGAACCGCGUGCGUAUGGAGAUCCCUCUGGAGAAGGAGAACCAGGACAAGCUGGUGAAGUUUAUGAUCCGUAUCGGGGUGUUCUCUGUGCUCUACCUGGUCCCUCUGUUGACGGUCAUAACCUGCUACCUUUAUGAGAACAGCUAUAGGACUGUCUGGGAGACUACCUGGGUACAGGAGCGCUGCAGAGAGUACCACAUCCCCUGUCCAUACCAGAUUGAGCAGACCAACAGACCAAACCUGUCUCUGUUCCUCAUUAAGUACUUUAUGAUGUUGGUAGUCGGGAUCCCUUCAGUGUUCUGGGUGGGCAGCAAGAAGACCUGCUUCGAAUGGGCCAGCUUCUUACACGGACAGACACGCAAAGAUAGUGUGGUGAACGAGAGUAGACAGGUGCUCCAGGAGCCAGAUUUUGCCCAGCUGCUCCUGCAGGAUCCCAACACCCCCUUGGUGAGGAAGUCCAGAGGGACAUCCACACAGGGCACCUCCACCCACGCGUCUUCCACCUACCUGGCCAUGCUGGACGAGCCCCCCAGCAAGAUGAGCAGCCUUUAUAGAUCCAGAGACGGCAGGUACACGGCGUGUAGUUUCCGCGGAGUCGAGAAUCGCCUCCCCUACGACAGCAUGCUCCACCUCAACGACCAAUCAGGGUCCAGACACUGCAGCACCAACCGUCAGGACAGCAUAUCAAGGCACGGCUCCACCCAGCGCCUGGAGAGCAAAUCGCAGCACAGCAGCAUCAAGGACCUUAGCAACAUCACCCAGGCCAUUCAGAGCGCCCCCGGCAACGGAAUCCAGAGUCCUAAAGGAGAAUGGAGCCACUGCCUGAACUACCCCCUGAACUACCCUGUAGCUAAAACCCAUGCCAUCCUUUAAAAUACACAAGUGUCUAGGCCUAGAGGUGGAUGUUGAUUUGGGACUGGGCAUACUAGAUCUUUGUGUGACAGUUUGAGAGUAAGGAGACUGUAGAAACAGGACAUACUGCAUGGUUGUUUGAUAAUCAUACCUAAACAUGUAGCCUCACUCAACAGCACUGAUAAAUGAAGAUAGGACAGUGUAACAUGGACCUACACCAAUAACACGGAAGAAACAAUAUUCUUCAAUACAGAGUAGUCUCUCCAAUGCUGUUUGUUCUCUGUUCUGGUGUCAGCUCUAGGUAAAAGACGGAGCGCAGGGAUCAGUUUCACGUGGAAGAUAUUUUUAAGAGCUUCUUAUCUAUCGGCACGUUCCACUACUCAGGGACAGAUGAAUCUAAGGAUUUUAGAAUCUAGAUCGCUCCAUUAUCGGUCGCCAAAGCACUCUUUAAAAACCAAGACUUUAUUCUUAUAGACCACAUUGUUUACCUGUACGAGAACUAUUGUAGACUGGUUCUACUUUGACACGUCUAUUGUUUUCAUUGCACUUCUGUUAGAGGUACUGUAAGUGAGGAGUAGGGCCAGGAGUCUGUCCGGACAAUGAAUGAGCAGUUGUGAAGUGAGAGGCUGUAUUGUAUAACAGCGGACUUACAAACUCCAGUCUCAUAGGUAGAAUAUGAGUGUUCUUUUCCCUCAGAAUUAGAAUCAGUUGUAUUGUUCCUCCCCUUCUAUGAAUUGUAUAGAUACAUGUAAACCAGAACUUCUUCUAGUAAUGGCAAUGUGAAUAGAUGUACAUUUGUUCUUUUUUUUAAUUGGGGAGGGAGGGUCAUUUGUGACAUUUUUAAUAAAGUCUUCUCAUGGGAAAUCUGUGCCCUAGCCUGGAAGCCAAACAAUGGUGAAUCAGGCUAUAUGUCCCUUCCCAAGGAAAUCAGGACACCAACAUCAGUGAAGCCGUAUUUGUAACAGCCCUCCGUUUUAUUGAAAUACAUCGGAGUCAGGUUAAUAUAAUGAGCUCUCUUAAUGAGCCAGUUUCCAUACAUUAUUUGUUUGACCUUACACCUUAAAUAUUUCUGUGCAAAAAGAAUCUACAUCACCUGUAGUGGGUAUCCUCAGUAAAACUCCCAAACCAAAAUUAAAAACUAAUCCAAAACAAAAAAAUGAUUACAUCUAUAACAUGCGAAACUGUACAAAUUAUUACAAAGCUAUCCUAGAAAAAAAAGUGUAAUGUGAUAUGAAAGAGCUAAAUAAUAUGGAAGGAACUUAAGACCUCACUGAAAUGCAAAGGCGUUUUCUUAAAAACAAAUAUGGUGGCACCUCAACCUCAAACUACUACCCUCCAUCCGGCCUUUCACCCCUCUUCUCAUCCUCGAUUCAAAACACUUUGCUGAAUUGUUCGACCCUUACACCUAGUCACAACUACACUGCGACUAAAUUGAGCUCUUAUUUCCCAAGUAUAGACUGUUCUGUCACACUCAUUUUAAUUGUUAGGAUGAAAAUAAUCAUUGGUCGUGACAUUCCUGAGUUUUUUUUUUUAAAGAAGUGGGAUGUACAAUUUAAAGCCCGGUCUAAAAUACUCAGACUAAGAUAUUUCCUCUUUCUUAGCAAAUACAUUCUACAGAUAAGGUCCAGCAGAUAUGAAUAGGGAGACUUGGUAGCUUAAAAGGAAAUAUUAAGAGAGGGGAAUAAGUUAAGUUGAGACGGUUGAGUAAAACCAGCUUAGCGAGACUGACUCUUCCAGAGAAAUUCUUAUUUUUCAACGUCAAUAUAAAAUGGUUUUCAAAACCACGUGGCAUGAGCAGGCUAGAGAUACAUGGCUGUGUUUGACAAGGGAACAGAACAGAACUGUGGUUUAGGGUUAAGAUUUAGGACUCCAAUGGCAGGAAUUUGUGUGUCAUCUUUUUAUACACUUAAUAGGAUAGCUGAAGAUAACCUGCCAUGUAUACUACUUGGUACACCACAACCCACCCAAACAGAAGGUCCAUUUCAGCAGUAAGUAACAAUUGUAAUUCAUUAAAUGGUCUGUAACAUAGAAACAAUUCCUCAUUAGAAAAUAUUUAUUUUCCAGAAUAAGAGUCCCCUCUCCCUUCCUCUUCAGAGAUAAGAGGCAGUUGAUCUAAGCCCAUGACCAAUGCUCAGAAACAAUAUCAAGUCAAUUAUUGUUUCCGUUCGACACAUAAAUACGAUCGACACCAUUGUGGUGUGCAUUAGGAUUGGGGUCAAUUCCAUUUCAAUUCAGGUAAGUAAACAGAAAUUCCAUCUCCGAGAGGCAUUGAGGAGAAUUAGAAUGGAACUUCAGUUGACCGAAUUAAAAUGUAAUGGACCCCAGUUUUGGUCUACAUGAAGGUGAUUGCAUUAGCAGACAGCAAUACACAGAUUACCAGUUGAUAGUAAGAACGUAACAGAAAUGACGCGUUGGCCUUGUAAAAGAAUUCUACGGUGACAUUUUUAAACCUCCAUUUUAGCCCAGCGUUGUCUGUUAAUUCUUUUUUCCCCUAAUCUAUUGAAACAUUCUGAAAAAUAAUGAAGACUCAAGAUUUAAGUCAUUCUUUUUUGGUUAUAACAAGCUUUCCAAAAUCUCUCUUAGAAGUCAAAGGAACAUAUUUGAGGUUCACAGGUCAGUACCACAGGGAAUCACUAUCAGUUUGGAAAUAUACAUCCCCCUCAACUGAUCUAACUGUGGAUCAUAGUGGAAAGAGUGGAGGGGGAAACACCUGUGUGUCUAAGUGUGAAUGCAUCUGUGACUACUAGCUUAAAAUAAAUGCACAUAUUCACUCAACAGCACGGGUCCAUGUGACCCAUAAUAAGUUUCCUCAAACCCAAAUCAAAAUAACACUCGGCGGUUUGUCUCAUACAUGAAAUAAAAAUAAGUUGUAAAAAAAAAAUCUAAAAGCAAUCAUAAAAAGAACUGUGGUUUAAAAUGGCUUUCGUGUGAAUAUAACCCCAAAUCAUUCUCAAAAAAUAAAAAGGAAUCCCAGAUCUUCUCCCAUCACGUAUUUCUCUACUGUAUUUCCCUUAUAUAUUAUUCUCUACUUUUAACUUAUGUACAUUGUUGUGAUGGGAAUCAGCUUUUUGUAAUUGGUCGGUGGUUGGUCUAUUACUGUACUUACGGUACAAGGUCUACACUACACAGAUAAUGGUCCCAGUUCAGUGGAUGAGGUCAAUGGCCAUGUCAUAAGGAAGUGGCAGAAGAAGCUGUGAUGUCAUCAUAGAAUGUUUGGUCUGCUUCUAAACGCUGCUGUCCCUAAGAAUUCUAGAACAUGAAACACGUGAGGUCAGGGGUCAACCUAGAGUUAAAAUACCCCUCAUCAUAGUUGUAUUUUUUGCACUGAUUUACUGUAGCUUUUCACUGAUGGUACAAACAAAUGAAGUCACUGCACAUAUUUCACUUUCAUGAGAAAAAUAAACAUCAUUGCUUUUUUUGUGUGAGCCCUGUAUUGUCAAUGGAAUGCCCCCUCUUCUUCUGAUAUUAACUACCGUUCCGGAAGAAAGCAACUGAAAGGAAGAGGAAACAUCCUCUUUUUCUCCUCUGUGAAACAUCCUGUUCUGAUUAAUAAAUAAAAGGUGGUCCCCCCAAACCCAAA